AUGGCUAUGAAUGGCGUGCGAGACGAUGCUAAUCGAGACGGGAUCUUGCCUCAACUUAUUGACUUUAUUCGACAUCUUGGGAAACCUGGAAAGUUCGGGAGUCCAUAUCCUCAAUCUGUCGUCUCGCGUGAGAAGAAGGCUGAAAACCUUCCUGUAGCUGGAUUGUCCAUCAUGUCUGAGCGCAAGCUUGCGAUAACGAUAAUCUAUGAGAAUGCUUAUGAAUGGACAAGACGCUACAAGGAGCACGCAACCCAAGAACUCACACUUGCUUUCGAAAAUGGACUUGGGAAGCCAUUGCUGGUCAUUGGGGAAGCGCGUGUCAUAAUGUGUGUGAUGUCUGUCGCUAUUGCUUCUUCUUUGAAUGGGGUUGGUGGUCCUGUUACGUAUGUUCUUGAUUCGGUGCGUUUUCUGCCUUGUGCUAUUAAGACGCGGGACCUUUGCUAUGUGAGGGAUCGGGAUCAAUGGGAACAGGCUCAGCAGGUACUUGGUGAGAUCAGAAGUAUCACAUAG